AUUUCGCGCGCGAAUCGUGCUCCGAAAUCGCAAACGUAAACAAACAAACAAUGCCGGAGGCCGUGCAGGAAUUCGUCAAAGCACGGCGAUUCCUCAAGGAACGCCUGCAGCGGGACUACACAACGCUGCGAGGCUACUCAGAGGAGCGCUCUAAUGUGCGCCAGCUUUUACAGCGCACGGCGGAAAUGGGCGAGUCCAAUUCCCUGCUACUCAUUGGGCCGCGCGGAGCCGGCAAGACCACGCUCAUCAAUGCCGUUCUGACCGAUCUGCUGGACAACAAGUCGUUCGUGGACAACACGCUGAUUGUGCAUUUGGACGGGAACCUUCACACGGACGACCGACUGGCCCUCAAGUCGAUCACAGUUCAGAUGCAAUUGGAGAAUGCGGCGGACGGGAAGGUUUUUGGCUCGUUUGCCGAGAACCUGGCCUUCCUGCUGCAGUGCCUCAAGUCGGGGGGCAAACGCGCCAAGAGCGUGGUCUUCCUGCUCGAGGAGUUCGACCUGUUUUGCACGCACCACAAUCAGACGCUACUGUACAAUCUCUUCGACGUUUCCCAGUCUGCGCAGGCGCCUAUUUGCGUCCUGGGCGUUACCUGCCGCCUGGACGUGAUCGAGUUGCUGGAGAAGCGUGUCAAGUCUCGCUUCUCUCACCGUCAGGUAUUCCUCUUUCCCAACUCGGAUCAGUUCGAAAAAUAUGCGGAUCUGUGUCUGGAGCUGCUCACCCUUCCUAGCAACAGCUUGUUGAAAUCCGCAGCGGAGCGCGUGAACAGCCUCCAGAUGUUGCGCUCGGAGGCACUCAGCUUCGGUCGUCGGCACAUGGACCCCACAGCAUAUACAUUCGACUCCAGAUUUCGGGAUGGCUGGAACAAGCAGCUUGCCAAGAUGUUGGCCACCCAGGCCGCUCAACGUACUCUGCAAACUCUUUACGACUUCGACAUUAGCGAGGCCUUCCUCAAGAAUUUCCUUUUCCGUUUGGUGGCCCAACUGCGAGAGGAGUCGCCGCACAUCACUGCCGACCAAAUGGCUUCGCUAGCGGCGCAGUACGAGAGCGACGAUAAAGUCGAACUGCUCUGCGGAUUGUCCGUUUUGGAACUGUGCCUCAUCAUUGCCGUUAAGCAUCACUCGGAGAUCUACGACCGCGAUCCCUUUAAUUUUGAGAUAAUCUUUGCCCGCUUCUCAAAAUUCGCCAAGGUGUCCACAACGAUGCAGGGUGUGGAGCGGUCCAUUGUGCUGAAGGCCUUUGAGCACCUGCGUAUUGGCGAGCUGAUCCUACCGCUCUCUAGCGGAACCAGCAGCGGCUCGGGCAAGGUGCAAAAGGAGUUUGAGAUGCACAAAAUGGCAUUGACCUACGGGCAGAUCCAGCAGGCAGUGCAACGCUACCAAGCUUUGCCCACAGAGGUAGCCCAAUGGUCACAAAGCUCGCUGAUUUAGGAGUUUCGCUAAACCCUAGGCCAUUUCUUAAUUUCCUUAAUUGUUUACACUUAUUUAUUUAUCGUAAUAAAGUUAAUAUCGUUUGUAUAUUGAAAGUUUAAAGUUGACCAACGA